AUGUCUUCCCCCAAACAGGACAGCAACGAUGAGGAGGAUGCUGAUGAGGUUGCGGACAAUGGUGACAAAAAUCAGUACAGUCAUGCUCACCCUUCCCCGCCACCAUCACCACCACCACCAUCACCCACAUCGAGCAUCACCCCCACCUACUUCAGCACAUCAGCAGUGCCCCCUUCACCACCUCCCUACUCUUCUACUUCAACGGCAAAAACCUCACCAGCAUCUACCACUACCAGCACAACUACAACUCGACCGGCAAAGAUUCGCUUCCCCCCUCGAAGACCGGACUACAUUUCAAAGGCCAAGUACGGCGACAAAUUGGACAAACAGACAGCAGGAAAUGCUUUGAGCACGACGACGACCACCAGCCCCAGCACUGCUCGCCCCAGACUUCGGCCUUACGAAAGUGGCACACGACGACCAAUGUCUUUUUUGGCCGUGACAAGCACCACCACCACCACUACGGAUGCCUACCCCCGACACCGUACAGCAGUACCUGCCUUUGAGGUGCCGACAAAGAAACCGUCGGCAAACUCUCAGAUUGAAGCGCUGAGAAAUCGGUACAAGUCAAACGUCAAAGUCAACGGCCAACGGUUGCAAUCACCACCGUCGGCGGCAGUACCGCCGACGGCCACGCCGAAUAAGGUCACUGUGGAGUACACCACCACGACGACCACCACCACUGAGUCACUGCUCAAGUACGAGCUGGAGGACCAGCAGCACAACAGUUCACCGGACUUGAAAGGACAGAAGCAGGGGAACGGCGAGGCAGGGAAGGUGAGCAAGAAUACUGCAGGCUACUUAAACAAUGAGCAGCGGAAAAAGCAGUUUAGAGAAAAAGAACGCGAUAAAAUUGAACACGAUCUGAGCACUACUUACCCAAGCGGUGAUACACCGCCGAAUGUGCCCUCCCACAACGCCGCCUCCGCCGCCGACCCACCACCAACUGACACUACUAAAAAGCAAAUUCCCGAGCCAAAUAACGUCCGCCAGCAUCAGAAGGAGACGUACAGUAGGCACAACAUGAUGGCGACCACUGCUCGACCGAGAGGACUGAAUCGAUGGACAAACUACCACCGUCAUCCAAGUACCACUCCUCCAACUUAUCGGUACGUUUCGUCUACCUCCUCGUCAUCUUCGCCGUCAACACCGUAUCCCAUCAAGAUGUCACUGCCACAGAAUGCCUACUACUACAGUACUGCAGUUCCGGCCACCGGUGAGCAAGCCCACCAGUACUUCAGCUCACAGAGUCCUUCAGUCGUUCCAGACAGCGGUCAUCAUCAGUCUUUUCUACCGGCUCACUUUGAGCAAAACUUUCGUCAUCAGGAUUUUUCGCAAUCCGUUUCACAAACGCCGCCGCCUAGACAGUGGCACUCAACAGCGUCCAGCCCUCCUCACUUGCCCGACUCAGCUUCUGAAUAUCACUUUAGUAAUUACUUCGUGCAAAGUCAACCGCAGGAGAAGCUGCAUUCUCAGUUUCAGUCUCAUUCACUUCCAGCGACCACUUCCUCUCCAGAAGUGUUUGUCACCAUUGAAAAUCAGUUUAUAGUUUUGCGUAACCAAACGCCGACUAUGCAAAAGGAAAUUUUACUGCCCCCAUUUCCCGAAAAUCAUCACCAUCAGCAGCAGCAUCAACAAAACAAAUUCAACAACGCACUGUUUGACUUGCCGUUUGGCAGAAAAGAACACCAAUUUAAAGUGAAACAGCAGCCUGAAAGUGAAAAUUCAGCAAAGCCAUUUACUGCAUCAAAUUACAAUGUACACAAUUAUAACCAAAUGGCAAACAAUCCACACAGUGAUAAUAACCGCCACUUAAGAGCUCCAGUUACACUGUCACAACUUUCACCGACGAAAAAUCCAGCAGAGAUGGUAUUCUACUAUGAACAGGGCAACCAGCCGAGACUCAACUAUAAACUGGCCCACUCUCCAGGCAACCAAGAGGAGCCGGUGCAAACACCGGACUCGUCGCUGUCACUUUUUGACCAGUUAAACAUACUGAAUCGCCCCCUUUCAAACACCAUUCCUCUUUCACGGCCUACAAUGAUGCCUACCAGUCAGAAACAUCUUUUUCCUAAAAUGAACAUGUUCAAACCCAUUGACAUUACCCCAAACAAAGCGAUGCCCAUUGUUUUCAAUGAGCACAUGUCGUCGACAAAAAAACUGAAUCACGCCGUUAGGCCUGGCUUGUCGAUGCCUUCAUCAGCACCAGAAGCAGCCCCACCACCACCACCACUACAAAAAGGAAAACAUCCCGGGCAUGAGAAGGUUAAGUCAACAUCAGUGAGCUACCUACUUUCACCACUCAAAUCGGGAACAGUACCGUCGCCAUUUAAAUCGAGCCACGCCGACAGCUCAGACGGCGACUCCGAGUACACUGUUGUAAGGCACUACGUGAGGACCAUAGACUACGAUGACAGCAGCAAUCAUCAUAAUAAUAACCGCAACCUUCGACCGUCCACACUUGAGUUCGACAGCCACUUAAACUUUGCCAAUCUAAAGGAAAACAGUCAAAUGUUGUCUAACGUUCCACCACCAUCGGCCAGUUCACUGUCGCAGUACUUUGGCCAGCCUCGCCACAAAAGUCAAAUCAUUCUAAACGACGACAACGGAAAGGCUGAGCAAUACCACAGAAGUUUGCGCAUGAUUGAGCCGACAGUGAUUGCAACACCGGCUAGGCCAACUCAGGCAAUAGUCUUCAACUUUAAUAGUGCUCCACCUGGUUCAGCCAGUCACCGACAGCAGCAGCCACCGCCACAAAAGGCACAAUCCUACAGUGUCAACCUUCGAGAUGUUUCACUGCUGACUAAUCUGAAACGACCAACGCCCAGUCAACAAACGCUGUCCAUGAAGGCAGUUCCUCUACAUCAUCAUCAUCAUCAUCAUCCUCAACAGCACUCACUGCCAAUGAUCGCCAGCAAGCCCACCUCCAAUCCUGACAUCUCUGCACUGUUCAUGCCCGAUUCAGAUGUACUGUACGAGGCAGUACAGCCGAACAUUGUUCCCGUUGAGACGACCAUUUUUGAGUCAGAACCAUCACUGCAAGGCAAUGAAAACCUUGUUCUAAGUGAAAAUACUGUCAACAAGGGGCCGCUCUUUUCAGUAGACUCAGCUCAGGCAAAAAACUAUCGACUGCCCUUUCAAACUUAUUCAGGAAGACCAAACCGAGCACUGUUGGGCAGGCAACAACAUGAGCUUGAGCUGCAGACUCCAAAACUACAAAAGUCGCCCGGUAGUGAUGUGCUUUACUCAAAACAAAAACUAAAGCAGAGCGUGCCGCAGGAUGUAAUGGACGAGGGAAGUGCUGAAAGUAAAAUACACGAAUUGAUGAAGCCCUCAGCGGAUCCAUUUGAGGAGUACUACAGCGACCGAAUUCUUCCGCUGAACGCCAUGAUCGACUACUCCGGGGUGGUGUGGAAUGCCGAAAACGGCGCUGCUGAAAGCAAUCGCGUCAAUUUGCUUCACCCAAACACUACACAAGGGCCAAGCAGCCGCCCACCACUACCUUCAAGUGAUCAAGCAGGUGAAACAGCUAAACCUACUGUUAAGUCAAAGUUAAAAGACUUGCUUUCAAUGCUCAAUGAAGUACGAACGGGCAAUCAAAGUCAGCAGCAACAUCUGAAUAAUCGGAUAAAAAGCGAAUCAACAUUGGAAAGUGAGCCACUAGAAAGUGGAACGGCAAUGUUUGAACAAACUCAGCUAGUGCCGGUUUUUUCAAAUACAGUUGAAAAUGAUAACCUGCAAAAUGACGCUCCUCAAGAGCAAGGUGAGGUAGGCAAGCAUUUUGAAGGUUCUAUGUCUACGUCAGUGCAGCAAGCAAAUGGCCAAUCUCAGCCACUGCGGUUUUGGCAUUUAAAGCCUUCUGUUUCACCGUCAGAAGUUCAGUCGACGGCACAGCCUUCAACAGACUUUAGAUUUCGUCGCAAUCAACGUAUUCUCAAUAAUCUAAAGACAAUUUUUGGAAUGUCCAAUCAGCAAAUUAGUUUGCCUGUGCUUAACAACGCCGCACGGCUGUAUAGCUAA